UGCGCUGUGGAUGCGCGGCUCAUGCACAGAGGUUCUCGUCAGACGCACGUUUAUUUUGGGUGCGCUCUGACGUCAAGAGCGCACACGUUUCAUUCAACAGGCUAAGAAAGUAAGUUAUUUAUAACCCGCAGCGUCUCCAGGUUGCUCUCCUUGAGUGCGCACCAAGAGCAAUCCAAAGCAUCCUCCUCAAAAAUCCCGCGUGAACUUUGUGUUUUGAAUCGAGACAUUAUCUCCUCGUUUUUCUAUCCUGCUCAGACGCAGCAUGUGAGCAUGCAUGGGAAGCCUGUUUUCUAACCAGCUGUAAAGUCCACACAGAGAAUAGCUGUGACUGUCAGGGUGAUGGCUGACAUUCUAGAGCUACGUACAGACGGGAACUCGCUCCUGAAAGCGGUGUGGCUCCGACGCUUGAGGCUCACCAGACUCCUCCUGGAAGGCGGCGCGUAUAUCAAUGAGAGCAAUGAACGCGGCGAGACGCCUCUCAUGGUGGCCUGCAUGUCGACGCACAGUGACCAGCAGAGUGUGAGUAAGUCUAAGCUGGUCAAAUAUUUGUUGGACAACCAGGCUGACCCCAACAUACAAGACAAAGGAGGUCGGACCGCCCUGAUGCACGCCUGCAUCCACAAGGCGGGACACGAGGUGGUGGACCAUCUGCUAAGCAACGGGGCGGAUCCCAGCCUGGAGGACAGAGGUGGCGCCUCGGCGCUGGUUUACGCCAUCAAUGCAGAUGAAAAGCAAACGCUGAAGCUGCUUCUGGAUACUUGCAAAGCCAAAGGCAAAGAGGUUAUUAUAAUCACCACUGAUAAGUCGCCAUCUGGCACCAAAACCACCAAACAGUACCUAAAUGUCCCGCCGUCUCCAGAGCUGGUUGAUAAGUCCUCGCCGGCAUAUUGCACCUCACCUUCUGAUAUCAUCGUCACUGCAUCUCCUACAAUUGAGCAAGAGCAACAAAAUACCGUCUUCAGCUUCCAAACAAAGUUGAAAACGUCCUGCUCGGCCAACAAACUGGCAAACGGGCCCGCAUCGCCCACACGGCGGCCCACGAGCCACAAGCGAGCGCGUUUACCUCAGCUGAAGCGUCUGCAGUCGGAGCCGUGGGGACUGAUAGCGCCCUCCGUGUUGGCCGAACGGGCGAGUAGCCACGACGAAAGCAAGAAGGCCAGCUCGAACGAGGAAAUGGUGGCAGGCUUGAACGGCCUGACCCUGAGCAAAAGGGCCACUUUAUCUCGGCAGAGCAGCGUGGAUGGCAAGGAGAUCGCUUUACCACUGGUGGGCGAGCAAGGCUGCAAAAUAACAACCUCGCUGUCGGUUCCCCCAACCUCAAAAGCAGCCUACGAAAGAUCAUUGGGCCAGCACCAGCCUCUGGCACGACGCAGCACCGUGCCCACCGAGCAGGAGUGCGCCAACGUCGGACAUCCCAGUCUGCGAGACACUAUGCACAAACGGCGACUCGGGAACGACCACUACGACUCCGACUCCCAGCUCUACUCCGACUCCGUCAUGCUGGACUCCCCCAAGGUGCCAGUGGAGCGACGGAAAAUGAACACCUCACCUCUGGCCAUACUGACCAGCUCCAGAGAGUCCCUGGACAGCAACACCAGCACGUCCUCACCCAGCACCGUCCGCCGGCGUCCGCCAGGCCUCUUGGAGAGGAGAGGCUCUGGCACCCUGCUUCUCGAUUACAUCUCCCACACAAGGCCGGGCCACCUGCCCCCUCUCAAUGUCAACCCCAACCCUCCCAUUCCUGACAUUGGCGCCAGUAGCAAGACUUUGGCCAGCGGGACUCGAUCCUUAGCUCCAGUAGCACCUAGCACACCAAAGAGAGGUGGACCCAAGUGCAAGAAGAAGCUUGUGAGAAGACAUUCUAUGCAAGUGGAGCAGAUGAAGCAGCUGUCUGACUUUGAGGAGCUUGCUCAUCAGUGACUAAGGGUGUUUAUGCAGCAUUUUUAGUGUUUACUGCCUACAUUGUCAGCAAGUGCAUCCAUGAGUUCAGUGGUGUAGACUCACAGGCGUAUAGAUGUUGAAUAACAAACUGGAAAAAGUUCCAAUUGAGCAAUAUAGAUAGAUUUCCUCCUUGUGCCGCUUCCCACCUUGAGGAUUCUCUUUUGACAUCAUGUCUGCUUUAAAUGUAUUACCGUUUUGAAUGUAAAUGACAAUGACAAAUGAUGACACACACACACACACACACACACACACACACACACACACACAAGAGAUCUCGUGACGUAACAUGCAGGGACAAUUCUUGAUCCCUUUGUAGCCAGCGGGCCGCUAGAGUGCACUUUGUCCAUAUGUAAUUAGCAUUAACGACGGGCUUUACUCUGGAGUCGAGAUGUAGCGUUGGGUUACAAGUUUGAUUUUGUAGCAAAAUUGUGCAAAGUGCCUUCAAGAUUGAUUGAAGAUUGGGGUGGAAAGA